CAUCCGUGUCAUUUGGGGUUAGCUGUAGCUAGCUUGUAAACAGGAUCACAUUGAUCAACGAGUCAUGAAAAUGAUGCAAAUUAAAACCCUGAGUGACUGUCGAUGGGGUUCUCGUCCAUUAGCGACAUCACUCGGAGAUAUCCCAAGAUCGUUUUACUUUUCUCGCUUCACCCCUCACAUCCCCUAAUAUAACCGUACCUGAUAUCAGACGCGUGAUCGUACGAGCCACCAACAAUUCUAUUUCAAAACAAUGAUCCAUGUGUCAAUAAUCGAGUCAUGUUCAGAAUCUUGGUGAGAUUCCGCAUAAAUAAUCAACAUCCUUUCGAACAGAAAUGUCCUUACACAUUAUACCUGUCACGUGGAUGGUGUCGCGAUCAAAGUACCGUGCCGGUGUAUACGCGGUUGAUUGCUGAGUUACUUCGUACAGAAGAAUCGGUUGUACUUAGUUAUAAGAACAUACGAUUUCUUAAGAGUCAUACAGAAGCUCGAAUCACCAACGCUUGUAAUGCUUGCUUGGAACAGGGAUUCUCCUCUGAUCACAUUUUGUCAAACCCAGUGUUAAUGACCAUUGAGCCUUCAGAAUUGAAGGAACGAUAUCUUUUUUUCAAAGAGGCAGGAUGUUCUAUUAUUUUGCCAGAGAUGAUAGCAAACUUCAAACGCUAUUUGACCAUGACUCUGGGUGAAAUGAAGCAAAAUAACUUGUUGCCCAAAGAAAUUGAUGUGACAAAGAAUAUUUGGAAUAACUUCGAUGAAAAGAUCCAUGAUCCACCCACAGAACCUGUGACUGAUAACAGUACCCUUCUUGCAAUACGUACUCGAUGCCUUCGACAUUAUAUGAAAGCAAAGCUAGGGGCAACAGAAGAAGAGCUUGAUCCAAUAUUUGGUGGAAAAAGGACCAUCUCAUACCGAAGUUGUGCAUCAAUCAAGAGCACAUUGAAUUUAUUAAUAAAUACAAUCGGCUUUUCUGGAGAAAAGUUGAAAAAACAUCGACAGAUAUUCUAUAUCGACGUGUUUGGCAUUGAAAGUAUCUUAAAAGAUGUGAAAAAAGUUGGCGACAUUGAUACCAAAACCUUCCUGUUGAGAAACUUCAGGUUAUUAAAGAAAUGCAGCAAGUUACGUGACACAACAAAGGUUCUUAACGAAUUCCGUAUACCAAAUAUCGCCAUUGAAAAAUGUCCCAGCAUAUUUCACUUUCUACCUGAAACCGUACGCUCUAGAUUAAUAGAGAUUCCUACCAUACCGGAAUUGUUUGGUCAUUGGCACAAUCCGCGAAUAUUGUUUUUAGUAUGCUAUCUGCCAAGAGCCAAAAGACGUAUCGAACAGCUGAAAGAGCUUAAUGUUACAUGCGCUAGCCUUGCACUACUGAUCUCCGGCGAUGCUGCAUUUCGAAGGUACACUGAGGAGGGAAUCGAUCGACCGAAAGGUGCAGACCUGCUUACAUUGUUGCAUUACGAAUUAAACACGGAUCGUAAAAUUAUCCGCGAUGUUCUCAGGAAACACGACGCCUGGUGUCAAAUUCCUUUCAUCUAUGCGCAAGAGACUUUGUUCUAUCUGAAAAAAAUCGGUUUUACAAAUGAGGAAAUUUGGAAAAAUAUUCAUAUCGUUCUUUAUAGGAAAACAAUAGUCCAAAAGGAAUUGGAGAAAAUUGAUUCGAAAUUGUCAAAUCGAUCCUGGGAUCUGACUCCCUCUCGGAAACUCGCACUGAGUUUGUAUCACAUAGAAAAACCUUAUCAUUUUAGUGGCAAAGGUGUUUGGGAUUCUCCGGUCGAUCAGCCCACUGUGAGAAGUUUUGACCAAGGGAGAAUUUCAAAUUAACUCAUGAUCUCGACGAAGUCUAUCAUCUACACAUUUUUCAACGAGUAAAUCAACGAUAGUUACUCAAAUGAAUAGUAGCUAUCGUGGAUGAAAAUCUAGGGCAAUUACUACUUCUAAUAAAAUUCGAGCAAUUGGUGUUCGUUUUUUUUUGUGGUGUGAU